CCGGCUGGGUUUAAGUUUUCUCUAUCCGCAGUCACUCUAUCUCUAUCCGCAGUCAUUUGUACACGUAAACUCGGUAAAUAGUAUUAACAUUGGCGGUUUUUAUCCGAAGCCUAUAUCAUAAGGUUCCCAACAAACACGGAUGUGUGCUCAACCCGAUUUACAUUUCAACUAUUGAUGUCCGUGAGACCAAUAUUAGUAUUGCUUAAUUCAGCUCUUCUAGAUUUCAUUUGUACUAAACACCAUCUGAUGUCUUACCGUACUAUUUUGGACACAGCGUAAUUCUAAAUCUGCGAAACAUUUCCUGUCUUUGGAUGUUUCCUUUCCAUCAUGGAAGUGCCUAAACUUUUAUUAGCUACAGUUAUUUUAACAGUACUAGGUGAAUGUUAUUGUGAUGGGCCGUACUAUGGAAAGCUGAUUGGGGAGUUCAGGCGACAGGGAAGCUCUCCAUCAAGCCAUCACAAUGUGGCUGGCACGGUGUAUGCGGUAGAUCGAGAUACACUACAGAUUAUUAACUUCUCCUACGAUGGAAUGGCUCCAGAUGCAUUCUUUUACAUCGGUACAUCCGGAACGCCAUCAGCAAAUGGUUUUGAAAUACCCAAGGCGAACGGACACGCAACUGAAAAACUGGGUGUUUACAACAAUGAGGACUUGACCAUUCAUCUCGAUACAUCAGUUGGACCCGAUAGCUUAUCGGAUUAUGUCUGGAUUUCAGUCUGGUGCAAACAAGCCGGGGCUAAUUUUGCUGAUGUUACAAUAGAAUCGGGAUUCACUCCUCCUGCGGAAUACUCGUUAGGUGAACUGAGGGGUCAGGCUCAUGAUGUCAAUGCUGAUGAGGUCAUCAUUUUAAAUUCGAAAGAGAUUAGAUUUGUUGGUCUCGACUAUGACGGAGGGGGACCUGAUGCUUACUUUUGGACGGACGUUGUAUCUCCUCCGACAACCAACGGAAACAGGGAAACUCAAGUUGGUGAAAGCUCCCCAUCUAGGUUAAGAAAUCGAUUGACAGGUGCAACUCGCACUGUACGGUUAGAGACUGAUGUUUUCUCCAUCAAAAAUAUCGGUUUGUGGUGCGUGCUAGCCAGGCAGAACUUUGGGCAUAUUAACAUCCCUGCAGGCCUUAAGGCCACUGGGCUCAUUAUACCCGCUCUCCCCGCUUCAGACGUCAAGGCUUAUGAUAAUUGUGCUGUUCUGAAAGAGGACGAAUUUCAAGUGAGUUGGUCCGUGGAUGGUGAUCAAAUCGAGUUUAGUUUGGUUAGUCGUCAAGGGAUUAAUGAAUACAUGGCCUUCGGUCCAAGUGGGUCGGACAGUAGGACUAUUAUGACUGGGUCCGAUGUCGCCGUAGCUUACGUCAACGAUGCCCAAAUGGGCGUGGUGGAUGAUUACUACCUUGGAGAUUAUGGAAUGUGUACAGCGGAUGGUGGUGGGGUGUGCCCUGAUACAGUGGCUGGCGGGCAAACUCCCGGUACCAAUAACAUUACAUUGGUGGGAUAUUACCGAAGUGAAGGCAUCACACGGAUCAAUUACAGACGACCACUUCUGGCUGGUGAUGGCUUCGACAAAGACAUUCGUACAACAGGGUCACAGUAUAUCAGCUGGGCGUUAGGACCGAUCAAUAGCGACGGACGGGCUACAAAACACACUUCUAGAACACUGGGAGACAUGCAGAUUGAAUUUGGAAUGGCUAUGUCUACUUGCCCUCCGUUAACCAUCGAAACUGGAAGUGGGAACUUCAUACCUUUCGAAGUUGAGCCAAUCAAGGCCUUGAAGGGUACUGAAUUCACCUGUAAUAUAGGACAAUCAGGAGGACCUCAAGGUUAUGAGGGAAUUACAGGUUCAGUCGGAUGGGGCAUUGCCUGGUAUAUCAACGGAAACCUCAUCCCAGAGAUUACCGUUAGACGAAACGAGACCUAUACCUUCAAGGUUUAUGGGGGUUCGGACCCUGAUCUUUCAGCUUCAUACCACCCCUUCUAUAUAACUGACAAUCCAGCUGGGGGCUAUGAUCAGCUCUCGGUGGCUGAGAAAGAGGAUCAUAUCAUAUAUGCUGGUCCAACGACCGGUCCGUAUUGCACCUAUGACGAGACUGAUGCUACUGGUGAGUUAGAUGAGAUAGUCUCUUACAAGGCUUAUCGUGAUACUCUGGAAUACAUUUGUCCUAAUGAUGCUGUGGCUGGUAUUCUCGAAUGGACUCCUGAUGAGACUACACCUGAUGUUGUCUAUUACCAGUGUUACACUCAUCGCUACCUUGGAUGGAAGAUUAACGUCGUGGACGAUGCUAACAAAGUUGUUCUUUCUCUUAUUACCAUGGUUACUGCACUCAUCUUCGCUAUCUUGGCGAUGUCCAGGAAUGAUUGAUAGAAAGAACAUGAGGGAACCAUGUCUCAUGCACAGAGUUAUAAACUAGGUUCAUAUCAACAGAUGUUUCUUGAACAGAGAAAAAUUCAGAAAACACAAGGCUAAAAACUUUAUUGAACUCGGGGGUCAUAAUAAGAGAGAGACCUGGCAUGCACAUCAUUACAUUUGACAAAAGAUUGAUAUUCCCUACUCUGUCAGUAUGCAAAUCUCUAGAACAUGCCCACUUUUUCCCUUGUAUUUGAAGAUAUUGAGGAUUAGAUAAGUUUACUAUUUUUCUACUGGUGUGGGUUUGGCCUCUUGAAAGUGUAAAAACGCCAUCAUCUUGACUAAAUUUGGCUAAAUGGAGAGUUUCUUUCUUUAAAAAUCUGCAAAAAUAUUACAGUUUAAAAAGAAAUUGAUAUGUGACAUCAUAAACUUUCUCUAAUUUGCAGCUCCAUGUUGUGCAUAUAGCUGUUUUUUAGUGUAAGUUUGGAUUCUUUACUAUGGAAAAUUAAAUUUUGUGAAUAAUUUCGGUUAAGUUUUAACUUCUUAUGCUGUAUUUUAUUCAAAUUAACCUAUAUCAUUGGGGUGCGCUUGACCUUUAAUAGCAAUUUCUUUCUUUUGAUGAAAUAUUUCUGUUCACUGCUGUGUAUUCUGACAUAGGAAUCGGCCUGUAGUGAUGAAAAAUGUAUAUAAUGUAGUGGCUCACAGAUCAUUUUUGUUUUUUAAUCUUUGCUUCCGGUCAUUUCAAUCAAGUUUGUAUUUAUUGUCUCAUGCAUGUUUUUAAUGAACGCUAUUAAAAUUAAUCUAUUAAAAUUGAAUUGAAAUUAUAUAUUUUUAUAACAAAAGUAUGCAGUAGACUAGUUUAUAAAUUAUGAUGUGUCUGCCAUGGAAAGAAUUUAUGUGUAGAAGUUAAAAUAUACUUGCAAUCAGAUAAAGUGAUAUCAAGCCAGUAGCAUGAAACUAUUUCGAAAUGUAUAAGUUGUAGUAAAAUGUCUCAAAUUUUGUGGAUUUGUUAAGUAUUGUAUGAAAUGGCCAAAAUGUAAUGAAAAAAAUACAUUUUAACGGUAACUUUCGUGGAUUCCUUGAGGUUGAUUAGAUGCUGCAUUCUGUUGCCUUGGUAGUUAUCAGAAGAUAGUAAUGUUACCAUAUGUUUCUCUUGUGCACAGGGCGCCGACCAUUCCUACUGUCUGUGACCCAGUUUGAAAUGACUCCAUGGCAAAGUUAGCAUGGUUAUGGUUAAAAAUGAGCGAAAGCAAUAACCAAUCUGCACAGUCAUGUACAGUGAAAGUUUCACGCAACCCCAUACAUGGAAAUGAGAGACUGGUAAUUAUUUCAACCAAUGGUCAAACAUUCGUACAGGUUUCCUUAAUUCAUAGAAAUUUCCAUUUUCUCAAGCCAAUGCCUCAUACUCUGUUUCUUACGUUUAAGUGACUAUCAAAGUAUUGAACAAGACCACAAAAUUGUUGGAAAUGGUUCAACAUGCAAAACCUGCAACAAAACAAAACAGAGUAAUAACACUCCCACUCUCGUCAGCCCUGAGUUACCCUUCCUGGUGGAGGACUUCAGGGAAUGAAACUAAAAGGUACAAGAUAACUCUGGAUUAUUGCAAUUCCUCUUUGCUCUACAAAAUCUAAGUUGCAAAUAAGUGACGAGGAAAACAGAGAAGGGGACACUAAAGCAAUCCGCCCUCUAUGGUUGUAAACAGGAGAGGCGAAUCAAGUCGGGAUGUGCCAACUGACCUGUCCCUCGAGGUACUGAGUUCACUUGUGUUUCAAUUUAUACUCAAAUGAUGCACAAAUUCAUGAAUUCUUAGUUUUCGUUAAUGUCUCUUUAUAUGUCAUUACUGAUUUUGAUGUUUUCUAUUUGAAUAAAAUUAGAGCAGCUGAAAUCCUUCAAAAAUUAAUGGUGGGUCAUGAUAGAUUUCAUUUUCUUUAAUAAAGGAAUUCCCUAACUCUAGUGGAAUAGCAAAGGAUAUGAUAAGAUUUGACGUCGGUAACAUGAAUUUGAGUUCAUGUAUAUGAAAUCAUUAUUCAAUAUGAAGAUAUGUCACUGAAUAUCAAAAGGUGAUGGAAUAUUUCUAUAUUACCCUUUAUGCCAAGUGAGUACAGAGAAAUGA